CAUUACUAUUAAUGAAGAAGGCGGAUGUUUUCAUGUCCCUGUAGCAAGUGCCUUCCUUCAAUUUCCACCAAAUGCUGUUGAGGAGAAAGUAACUCUAAAGUGUAGCCGAGUGAAAUAUAAAGAAUGUGAAGUGAAACCAAGAGACGGGGAAGUAUUCGUAAGCCGGAUCCUUAAAGUUGAACCAGAGGGCGUGAAAUUUAAGAAACCUGUGACAGUUCUUUUAUCCCACUCGCUCUACGAGGACCAGGAUUUUCUGUAUUUUUAUGAGUUGAUCGUUGAAAAUGUUAGCCCGACUGGAUGGCAGGAGUUAAAGACAGAACGAAUAAGCUCCAUUGAAGGUAUUAUUGAUAAUUUUAAACCGUGUUGUUAGAAUAUACUAAUUGGCUAAAUUUUCAUGAGUCCUACUUAAAUUUCUGGGUCGUUAGUGAAGAAAAAAAAAGCGCCCCGAUGAUAACCACCACCACUCAAAAAUGAGAGAAAAAUUUAUUAAGCCCUCUGUGUAAUGAUUUUCUGCGUUUCGUCAAAAUCAACCCUUCCCUUCUCUUUCAGUAAUCCUCUUUUCCCCUCUCUGAAAUUAUUAAUUAUUUACUUUUUAGAUGUUCCAAAAGAAAUGUAUAAUAAAGAGAUCUUGGAUGAUUAUUUGCCAUUUGCCAAAGCGACCAUACACGAAACCUGUACCUUAAUUGCUGCAACACGAGUUAGGUCUGAUCAGAUUUCGAUACCAACAAACAGAAAUUAUGCCUUUUUUAAGCAGUAUGGAGACAAUACAGAACUGAAUAUCACAUUUCCGUUUGGUGUCACAGAGGAGAUACUAAAUUUGACAGUUCAG